UUUCUAUCUUUUUCCCUUGGAAAUAAAUGUGUUGAAAUGCUGCGGGUGGUGUUGGUCGGUGGAGCCGGUGGUUUGUGGCUUCCUGAGAGCCGCGGAGGGAGAGAGAAAACGGGGGGUGGAAGGAGGAGAUCUCCGGUUUCCCCCAAACAAUAGUGGAGAGGAGGCGAUGGUGGCCGUUUUUUCUGCUGCAGACCACAGGGAAGUUUAGAGCCUCAUUGUUGUCCACACAGGCCACGUAGCUGCGAGGGUCGAUUUUAAAACCUGGGUGGGGGGCUGUUGACUUUAUAGCAGGGGGUUUUAUUCCCCUCUAUUUGAAAAUAAAUACGAUCCAGGAGGGAAGAGAGGGAGAUGUGAGUGGAAGGAACAGCGGCGGCGGCGGCGGAUCCAGGUUUGGUUCCAGGCCGAAUUUUUUGACUCGGCAGCGAAAGCAGCGUCCAUUCAUUUACCGUGUCCCGGUUGAAAAGGGUGAAAGGAGAAGGAAAAGGAAGAGCUUCGGGAUAAUUUAGCUCCAGGACGACACCAGUGGGGCCUGGGAGUCACCCAUUGUCCUACCUUUUUUCUACAGCAGCCUCAUUUUUUCUCAUUUUGUAGGUCGAACGACACUCAGUGUUCGCCUUCGUCGCAGUCACAGUCACCUCCGACCUCCUGCGACUCUCCUUCCUGCAGUCUCCCCAGGCCUCCCUUCUCCUGCUCCCUCCUACUCGGCCUUCAAGAUAGAUUCCCUCAGGAGUAAGGUUGACCUGCUCAAACUGCCCCUGACUCUCUCCACCAAGUCCAUCGCCGAGCGCAAGAGCCAGCUGGGAGGAGUCGGCGAGCAGCGGGGCACGGGGGGAGGAGGAGGAGGCGGUGCUCGCAAAGCCCGCUCGCCACCAACCCGAGACAUGGACAACGAGUCGCAGUACUCGGGCUACUCUUACAAGUCCUCGCACUCCAGGAGCUCCCGUAAACACAGGGAUCGCAGGGAUCGACAUCGCUCCAAGAGCCGCGAUGGCAGCAGUCGUGGAGAUAAAUCUGUCACCAUCCAGACGCCCGGGGAGCCACUGCUGGAUGCUGAGUCCACACGUGGAGACGACAGGGACGACAACUGGGGGGAGACCACCACCGUGGUCACCGGCACCUCUGAGCACAGCAUCUCAAACGAGGACCUGACUCGUGUCUCCAAAGAGCUGGAGGAGACGACUCCUCUGGAGUGCAAGCGUUUCAUUGGCCCGGCCCUGGGGGGCUGCCUGAGCUUCUUUGCGCUGGUCACACCGUUGGCCUUCCUCAUCCUCCCCCAGGUGCUGUGGAGAGAUGCUCUAGAACCCUGCGGAACGCCCUGCGAAGGUCUCUACGUCUCGCUGGCCUUCAAGCUCUUGGUUCUGCUCAUCUCCUCCUGGGCGCUGUUCCUCCGCCCUUCCCGCGCCACGCUGCCGCGCUUCUUCGUCUUCCGCUGCCUGCUGAUGGUGCUGGUCUUCCUGUUCGUGGCCUCCUACUGGCUCUUCUACGGCGUGCGGGUGCUGGAGCCCAGAGAGAGGGACUACAGGGGGAUCGUGGAGUACGCCGCCUCGCUGGUUGACGCGCUGCUCUUCAUCCAGUACCUGGCCCUGGUGCUGCUGGAGGUCCGGCACCUGCAGCCGGCCUUCUGCCUCAAGGUGGUGCGCAGUACAGAUGGAGCCAGCAAGUUCUACAACGUGGGCCACCUCAGCAUCCAGAGGGCAGCCGUCUGGGUGUUGGACCGCUACUACAGUGACUUCUCCGUCUAUAACCCCGCUGUGCUCAACCUGCCCAAAUCCAUCCUGUCCAAGAAGAUGACCGGCUUCAAGGUUUACUCUCUCGAUGAAAACACAACCAACAACUCCACAGGUCAGUCUCGAGCCAUGAUCGCAGCUGCGGCCCGGAGGAGAGACAACUCCCAUAAUGAGUUCUACUACGAGGAGGCUGAGAUGGAGCGCAGGACCCGCAAACGCAAGGCCAGGUUGGUGGUGGCGGUUGAAGAAGCCUUCACACACAUCAAGCGUCUCCACGACGACGAGGUAGCCUCGUCUCCAAAACACCCCCGUGAGGUGAUGGAUCCCCGGGAGGCGGCUCAGGCCAUCUUCGCUCCGAUGGCCCGGGCCAUGCAGAAGUAUCUGAGGACCACACGACAGCAGGCCUUCCACAGCAUGGAGAGCAUCCUGACCCACCUGCAGUUCUGCAUCACACACAACAUGACGCCCAAGGCUUUCCUGGAGCGUUACCUCACUCCUGGCCCCACCAUGCAGUACCAGCAGCAGAACGGCAGAGGGCGCCAGUGGACCCUGGUGAGUGAAGAGCCUGUGACGUCAGCCCUGCGUCAGGGUCUGAUCUUCUCCCUGCGGCGCCUGGACUUCUCCCUGGUGGUGACCGUGACGCCGCUGCCGUUCCUGCGUCUGGGCGAAGAGUUCAUCGACCCCAAGAGCCACAAGUUUGUGAUGAGGCUGCAGUCGGAGACGUCGGUGUGAGGCCUGGGGGUGAGGGUGUUCUCCAUCCCUGCGUCCCUCUCUGCUGUCCUGUCCUGUCCUGUCCACUCAGGGGUGUUGAUGUGCAGGACACGUGGACGCCCCCCGGUGGUCUGCUCUGAUUAUUAAACUGUGAUCAGCUCAACGAUUGUUUGAAUCUAAAAACAACAAAAGAAAAUCAUGAUGCCUUGACUUUUUCUGUGUUGGUUCAAUUCGACAACACACUUAAAAAAACAAACGGAAAAACAUUUUUUUUAAAGAUGGAAACUUUGUACUUUUUCUUUGCCAUAACCACUGGACUACUUUUGUUUGUGCUGAGUCGACACAUGGAGCCCGGAGGAAGAUGACAUCACCACUGUCACUUCCUCUGUCUGUAGGCAGGAGCUGACUUCUGACUGUGCCCCUCCCCCAUCUGUUUCAACACCAGGACACACUUCUGUUUUUAGGCUCUUUGACUUUGUUUUUUGUUUUUUUACUUACAGAAUGUAGCAUCAUGUGGGCGGGGCUAACGUGUGUCAUCGUCGGGGCCAGUACGUUGUUUUUAAUCUGACCUUUAAAUGGAUGAAUAAUCCUUGAUUUUAUACACGCUGGUCCAAACUUGUAGCUUCACCCUGUUGUCGUGACGACAGCUACAACAGAACUCCAGGGUUGAAUCUGGGGGUCAUCUGAGAUUGGCCGACACUUGGCCAUGUCCCUCCAAUAAAACAAAACCAGAUUAGAGCAGAUUAUCUUGCUGCUUUCUGACACAAGAGCAUUUGCAGAAAGACAACGUUUGAGUCCGGACGCUUCGUCGUCAGUGAAUGUGUCAAAUACUGAAGUCAUGUCUGGAUCUGGAGCUGAGCAGAAGAAUGAGCUGGUGUGAAUGCUGGUGUGAAUGCUGGAUCAUGUCUAUACUCUGACCCUGUGAUGGACUGGAGAACUGUGCAGGGUGUAGCCACGCCCUCUCCUGAUGACUGCUGGGAUUGACCCCCCCCCAUUUUGACCAAAUGGAUGAAUUUGUCUUCAGUGCCGACACAGAGGUUAAUAUUCUAAUGUACGUGACGCCUCUGUGGUCUGUGAUCCAGAGGUUGAAUAACACCAGGGUCUUCAGCUGACGUCCAGACGCCUCUGGCCGUCGUGGAUUAACCAGAAACUUUACAUUUGAAUUCUCAGACCUUGUGAUUGUAACUGGUCCCUGCAGCAGUACCUCUUCACCGCUUCGCCUCUGUGCCGCCGUCUGACACAUCUGCUUCCCUGAUGGGACCCUGCAGCGUCUGUUGAUUUUAUUAUUUUUAACGCAAAGCAGCAGGAACCCAGAGUACCAGGAACUGUUUGAUUGAUUAACAUGUCCCUGCCUGCGGUCACCGCCAAUGUUUUAACUACAGAGAAAUAUUUUUAAAAAAUCCUGUAAAUGAAUGAAGUGAAGUUUAGAGUUUUUUUUAUUGAAAGACUGUAGUCUCCAUUUCUUCUUUCUCAAAUUCUGACUGUUGUCAGUUUUAGGUCAAAUCAAAACCACUUAGUCGCCACUUCCUGUUUCUCCGUCUAGAACCAGACCUGUGAGUCCGCCAGGAAGUCCUGAAUACUCUGGGAUUUUAAAAACAAACUGUUUGAGACGACAGUGUGUCGUAAACAGUUCCUGGUACUGUCCGUUUGUUCCUGACUCUGAGUCUGGACUCAGCAUCAGCUCCAGACACCUGUUCUGACGUGUCCUUGUUUCAGGCGCUUUCUUUUAUUAAUGAACGUGUGUGAGAAAAACUCCCCGCUCCAAAGUUGUUGUU